AUGGCCGGUGUAUAUAAUUUAGAUGUUUUGCGUACUGCUCUGGAUCUUGUGAGCAAUAGUGUUGAUAGUGUCGAUGGUCUUCUUGCAUAUUUGAAGACAAAAUACCUGGCCGAGGAGGAUAAAAAAUUAAAUCCGGUGUCUUGGGGUACGCGAGGUGUGUUCUUUUCCGAUUGGGUCAAUGCUGCGUCUCGGGUGGAUCCUAAUGGUCUCUGGCCUUGCGAGACCGCAUUGUCAGAAAGUCGGAAUUAUGACUGUGAAAAAGCGGAAAGGGUACAGGAGUACCUCUGGUGUUGGGGAGAGCGACGAUAUAAAGUCCGUUAUUUUUGGUGCCCUUCAGAUUUUUUGAUGCCGACUGUGUGUAAUGAGUCGGAGGAUGAGCUGAUUGAGGAAAUAUUUGGAUGCUUAGGCGUCAACGUGCGUACACGAUCCUUUUCGAGCUUGCCUGUUUUGCCCAUUGUACGUGGUUUCCGACCAAAAAAUCCAAUUUUUGAAUUGGUUUAUGUUCAGCGAUACAGGAGAGAUUGGGAGGAGUUAAUAUUGACUUAUUCCGGUUGGGAACUUCGCUGGAAGUUAAAUGUGUCAUAUGUGUGGUUUUCCCAGUGAGUUCAGCUCGAAUUGUCUGUUGGUGGUACCAGAGAAAAAAAAAUUUUCUUUUUUUUUUAA